GGCGAUGCGCGCGCGUGGCUGGACCAGGCUCCCCCGGAAGAUAUUUUAGCCCGUCUCCCACUCUUCCUGCGCUGGAGACCGCCAGUUACCAUGGUUGUUCUUCUCUGGGCUGUAGUUUGGUCAAUUACUACCAGCGAAUGUCUUCCUGGAGGAAACCUAUUUGGAAUUAUAAUCCUAUUCUAUUGUGCCAUCAUUGGAGGUAAACUUUUGGGGCUCAUUAAGUUACCUACAUUACCUCCACUGCCUCCUCUUCUAGGCAUGCUUCUUGCUGGGUUUCUUGUCAGAAAUAUCCCUGUCAUCAGUGAUAAUGUACAGAUCAAGCAUAAGUGGUCUUCCUCUUUGAGAAGCAUAGCCCUGUCUAUCAUAUUGGUUCGUGCUGGCCUUGGGCUUGAUUCAAAGGCCCUGAAGAAGUUGAAGGGUGUUUGUAUAAGACUGUCCAUGGGUCCUUGUCUUGUGGAGGCAUGCACAUCUGCACUUCUGGCCCACUUUCUAAUGGGCUUACCAUGGCAAUGGGGAUUUAUCCUGGGUUUUGUUUUAGGUGCUGUAUCUCCAGCUGUCGUAGUGCCUUCAAUGCUCCUUUUGCAGGAAGGAGGCUAUGGAGUUGAAAAAGGUGUCCCAACCUUGCUUAUGGCUGCUGGCAGCUUCGAUGAUAUUCUGGCUAUCACUGGCUUCAACACAUGCUUGGGCAUGGCCUUUUCCACAGGCUCCACAAUUUUUAAUGUUCUCAGAGGAAUUUUAGAGGUGGUAAUUGGUAUGGCAACUGGAUCUCUUCUUGGAUUUUUUAUUCAGUACUUUCCAAGCAGUGACCAGGACAAACUUGUGUGGAAGAGAGCAUUCAUUGUUUUGGGGCUGUCCAUACUAGCUGUGUUCAGCAGCGUAUAUUUUGGUUUCCCUGGGUCAGGAGGAUUGUGCACACUGGUCAUGUCCUUCCUUGCAGGUUUGAGAUGGGCCGGCGAAAAGGCAGAUGUUGAAAAAAUUAUUGCAGUUGCCUGGUACAUCUUUCAGCCCCUUCUGUUUGGACUGAUUGGAGCAGAAGUAUCUAUUGCAUCCCUCAGACCAGAAACUGUAGGCCUUUGUAUUGCCAUCCUCGGCACUGCAGUAUUGAUACGAGUUUUGACUACAUUUCUGAUGGUGUGUUUUGCUGGUUUUAACAUAAAGGAAAAGAUAUUUAUUUCUUUUGCAUGGCUUCCGAAGGCCACAGUCCAGGCUGCCAUAGGAUCUGUGGCUUUGGACACAGCAAGAUCACAUGGAGAGAAACAAUUGGAAGAAUAUGGAAUGGAUGUGUUGACAGUGGCAUUUUUGUCCAUCCUCAUCACAGCCCCAAUUGGCAGUCUGCUCAUUGGUUUGCUGGGCCCCAGGCUUCUCCAGAAAGCUGAACAUCAAAAUAAAAAUGAAGUUCAGGAAGAGACUUCUGUACAAGUUUAGAGGUGAAGAGAGAGAAUGCUGAAUAUAAUGAUUAGAAAGCUGCUACCAGAAGCUAAUUUUAUCAACUACCAGAGGCUACUUUAUCUAGAUGGAUAUUGAGAUAUGUAAUGUUUAAACCUUAAAUGUAAUAGAAACAAAAGUGUGGCUAUUUCUUUAAAGAGCAUUUUCAGCCAUUAUCCUUUCCAUUUGUAUGGUAAUAUUCUACAACUCCAACCUGAUUUCUCGACCUUUUUUUUUUUUUAAAUAAGUCUUCAUCAUAUAUCUUAAUUUGUUUAGGGACAUAUACACUAAAAUAUACUACCACAAUUUAAGAUUAACAUGGAAAACAUCAAGUGCAGUAUCCUAUUCUAUUAGCCAACAGCUUGUUCUAACUUACUGUAACUGUCAUAAUUUCAUGAUUCAUAGUCACCUAACCUUUCAUGCCUUGACAUAUUUUUGGCUCCUCUUUUCUUUUUUAUUUUUAAAUACCAUAAUGCAAUCCCCCAUUAAUUUCUACCCCCACUUUAUGCAAUUCCCCAUCAGUUUUACCCUCACUUUCUGUGCCAAUCUGCCUCUACUCCAUUUCUACCUCUCUUGCUACCAUUCUGUGUAGUAUUGUAACUGAUUGGUCCCACCAAAAUUUCAAGUAUGCAGAAUAUCUUCAUUGGCUCUUCCUCUUGCUGCUAUGCACCUAGACAGACCUUAUCCUGUCUCCUAGGUGGCAACACAGAGUCUCCCAUUUUAGUGGCCCAUCUGAGUUUGCCUUAAGGAGUGCCCUGAUUCAGCCCUUUCUUAUUAAAGGAAUAGAUUGUGUUAAAUGAAUAGAUUACAAAUAUUCUGAUCCUACCAAGCUGAUCUGCAUAAAGCCUAUCCAUUCCUCUCUUGUCCUCAGACUACUGCUCCAGACCCUUUCUCCAUGACUUUCACCUCUGUUCAAAACCAACUUAAUUUUUAUUAAGCUAACAUAAUAUGAAGCCAUAAUAGCUUCAAUUUUUAUAUCGGCCUGACUUUGGUUACUUUAUGGUACUGUGUUUCCUUCUAGUUUUUGCUCUUUAUUUGGAUUGGAUUAAUUUAUGCCGAAGUUCAGAUAAAUAUUUCAAACUGAACUUCAUUGGUUAGAUGCACCUUGGUGGUAGCAACAUAAACUUAAUGCUCAUCUGUUCCUCUACUUCUGCAGGCUCUGAAACUGGAUUCCUUCAAUAAAUACUUAGUGGAAGCCUUUGAUGACCUAGGCACGUCAUCAAAACUAUUAUUGCUCCUGUCCUUAAGGAUCUGACAGUCUAGUAGAGGAGACAAAUAAGAGAUUUCAAAGCAAUAUGAUAUGUGCUAUGAUGCAGAAAAUCCAGGAGUGCUGAGGGGCUCAUAACAGGAGCACCCACACAAUCCAGGGGUGGUACAGUUCAGGCACAGCUCCCAGACAAAGGAAGGCCUGGGCUAGGAUAUGGGGGAUGCUUAGAACAUAGACAGCAAAAGGCAUGUGAGGCAAAACGGUGCUGUAGUUAGUGCUAGGUCCCAUGUUCUCCAGUAGUUUUUCUCCAGUAACAGCUUUGAAUGCUUGUUAACGUAUACAAAAUACAAUUAGUAUAAGUAAAUGAGAAUGUUGUUAUAAAUAUUCAAGGCUCCAAAGAAGAAUUGGAAGUGGAAAUUCACAGUACAGAAAUGGUGCAAGAAGCCAUUUGGCCACCAGCAAUAGCUUAUACCAUUUUGGAGGGCAUAAAACAGGUUCUGUCCUCCCUCUCCUUGGUGGGCAGCCACUAUCUAAGUGCCUAUAACUGUCCAGUAUGGGCCUAUGCAGGGUUUGUAACUGAAGUCUCAGGCUUAUCACCACAUCAUGAGUCACAGCUAUUGACUUGGUUGAACUCAGAGUUAACUAGAUACAGAGUGUUGACUCAGGCCAACCAAACUUACACCACCCCAACACAGAUAGAAACAAUUACCCUGACCUCUGAGUUCCUGAAAACAGGAUGUAAGUACCCCAUACAUACUUCUGUCAAAGCAUUUAUAAUCUUUUUUCAGUUUGUUUACAUGCUUGUUUCCUAUUACAUGAGCUCCUUAGGGGUGGGAGCUUUGUCUUGGUCAUCUUUGGAUCCAAAGUACUUUGCACAGGGCAUGAAACACGGUAGGCAUUUAAUAAACUUUCAUCGACUGAAUCACUGAGGAGAUCCUAUUCCAAUAUAGAAAACUACCUGCCAGGGGUGCCUGGGUGGCUCAGUUGAGCUUUCAACUCUUGAAUUCAGCUCCAGUCAUGAUCCCAGGGUUGUGGGAUCGAGCCCCCACCAGGCUUCAUGCUGAGUGCUGAGCGUGGAGCCUGUUUAAGAUUCUCUCUCUCUCUCUCUCUCUCUCUCUCUCUCUCUCUCUCUCUCUCCCUUUCCCUUUCUACUCUCCAUCAUGCUCUCUCCCUCUCUAAAAAAAAAAAAAGAGAGAGAGAAAGGAAAACUACCUGCCACAUAACAGUUCCGAUCUUAGUCUUCUUGAUCUAUUUUAUUCUGCUUGGGCGGCUAUAACAAAGUACCAUAGACUGAGUGACUUAAACAACAGACAUUUAUUUUCUCAUAGUUCUGAAGGAUGGAAUUCCAACAUGAGGGUGCUAUCAUGAUCAGGUUCUGCCUAGGGCUCUCUUCCUACCUCAUUUAUGGCCUCCUUUUUGCUGUGUCAUCAUGUGAUAGGGAAAGAGAUGAGAAUGGGUUGGGGGAGGGGGAGUAUGUAAGAUCUCUGGUGUCUUUUCUUUCCUCAUGACCUCAUUUAAAUGUAAUUACCUCCAAAAGCCCAUCUCCACAUAGCAUCACAUUGGGGGUUAAGCCUUCAACAUAUGAAUCUGGGCAGAAAACAGUCCACAGCAAAGGUGUCAUACUUCCAAGGCACUGCUAAGAAAUCACUAUAAGUUCUUGUUCUAUGAUGUCUUUUUCUUUUCCUAAGGUUGGUGCCAUCCAUCUCUCCUCUGAGAGGUAUUGUUUUUUAAGAGAGGCUUAUUACAUUUCAGGUCAAAGUAAUUUUCACAUUCCAAUAUUUUCUCUCUGAUAUUAACUCCAGAUAACCUUGAUUGAACUUGGAUGUCCUCAAAGUUUCCUCAACCAUACAUCUGCAAAUGAUCUCAUCCUUUACACUCUUUAAAAAUAUUAUUUUUUUCUGAUUAUAAAAUAAGACCUUUUCAUUACAGAAAAUUUAGAACACAGAAAAGCACAAGGAACAAAACCGAAACUACUCUUAACAUAAACAUCCAUUUUAUUUUGAUUCUUUUACAUUUUACUCUUGCACUUCUAGGAGAUGUCUUAUUUUCAGAAAGAUACAUCAUCCACUGAAUUCGUUGGGUGAAAAGGAACAAACACUUUAUAUUUGACUUCUGUGAAGAUAUAGAGAUUGAAGAACUUUUGUUGUAUAUGAUGAAUACUGAGACUUCCAAAUAAGCAUGUGUUCACCUGGUAAUAUUAACAUAUUCAUUUUGCAAUGAAUAAAACAGACAAAUCCUUGGAGAUUAUGGAGAUAACCUUGAUGGAGAUUAUGUUUUAAAAUCCUUACAUACACUCACUCAAAAUACACUUAUAAUAUGCUUGCUAUGUGCCAGGCAUUAUGCUCAAUGCCAAGAGAUACAAUGACCAAGAUGUGCAAGAGCCCUGUUUAACGGAACUCAAAUUCUACUGGGAAAUUGACACUGUGGAAAAUACAAAUACGAAUAACACAUACUUGCCUUCAAGAAUCUUACAAGGAAAUAAGAUAUGUACAAAUAGCUGUAAUACAAAUGAAUGAUUCAAUAGUGUUCUCAGUGGGGAAAAUUAAAGGAGGAUAAACG